GCUCGUCUCAUCGAUCGUUCAUCACUAAUCCACCGCCUCCCCGCCGUCGCGUCCUCCCUCUCUCCCAGGUCGCGAUGGCCGAAGUCACGCAGACGACCGGGUCGCCGUUCAUGGCGGCGCUCGGGAAGAUCAAGGAGACCACGAUGCACGUCGUGGGUCAGAGAAAGCCGAUGAGCGAGAUCUUAGACCGCACCGCGUACCAGAGGCCCGCGUCGUUCAGCGAGGCGACGGGCCGAAUGCAGAAAAACUUGAACUACUUCAAGAUCAACUACAUCCUCUUCACCGCGGUCGUCCUCGCGGCCUUCAUCAUGUACCACCCGUCGAGCCUCGUGAUGCUCGGCGCGAUCUCCGCGGCGUGGGGGUACGUCUACAUGGUGCGAACGGAACCGUUGAAGAUCGGCGAGCGGCCGGUGUCCGAUCGCGAAAAGUUUCUCGGCAUGUCGGGCGCGUCCAUUCUCGCCGUGUUCUUCAUGUCUUCGGCGGGGAGCGUGAUGUUGUCCGCGAUGGGCGUCGCGCUGCUGUGCAUCGGCGCGCACAGCGCGGUGCGGGUGCCGGACGAUCUCUUCAUCGACGACAGCGCGAACGAGAACGGUUUCUUCUCGUUUUUGCAGCCGCCCAGACCGGGGCUCACGGGUGGCCCCGCGUGACGCGACGGCGGGCGAAGGACGGAUGGAUGGAUGAAUACUACUACUACUACGAUUUUAAGCACGGGUUGAGCCGCGGGGUUGGGUUGUAAGGGUGACGUACGUCGACGCAUCGGGGAAGGGAACGGACGGCGGCGGCGCGUUCGCGUGUAUAGUGUAGGAUUGUCGACGCACCCUCGCGUUUAUUGCA